AUGCCAGGAUUAGAUAGGGAAUUGGUAGAACACAGGCUGCCAAUCAAAGAGGGAUACCUUCCAGUCAAACAGGCCAGAAGAAGGAUGUCCAUGGACACAGAACUGAAAGUCAAAGAAGAAAUAGAAAGGCUGCUCAAGGCAGGAUUCAUCAGGCCUGCCAUCUAUGCUGAUUGGCUAGCUAAUAUUGUACCAGUUCUAAAAAGGAAAACUAGGGCAGUCAGAAUCUGCGUGGAUUACAGAAACCUGAAUGAAGCCUCUCCCAAGGAUGAGUACCCUAUGCCAAUGGCAGACAUGCUAGUAGAUGGAGCUGCCCACAACCAGAUGCUAUCUUUUAUGGAUGGCAACGCAGGUUACAAUCAGAUCAAGAUGGCAGAAGAAGACAUCCACAAGACAGCCUUCAUGUGUCCAGGGCAUAUAGGUGCUUUUGAAUACACUGUAAUGCCUUUUGGCUUGAGAAAUGCAGGGGCUACCUAUCAAAGGGCAAUGAAUUCUGUUUUCCAUGAUAUGAUAGGACAUUCCUUGGAAGUUUAUAUUGAUGAUGUGGUGAUUAAAUCACCAGAGGAGGGAAACCACAUGACAAAUCUAAGAAGAGCAUUCCUAAGAAUGAGGCAACAUAAACUGAAAAUGAACCCAAAGAAGUGCGUUUUUGGAGUUCAAGCGGGAAAUUUCCUAGGAUUCUUGGUCCACCAAAGAGGCAUAGAGAUCGACAAUAACAAAACAAAAUCCAUCAUAGAAGCUUUGCCGCCUAGGAACAAAAAGGAAUUGCAAAUGGGAAGAACAGCACCAACAAGCUUUGAGGAAAUCAAGCAUUACCUCUCAAAUCCACCAGUUCUGUCCCCACCAAAGAGAGGCAGACCACUCAAGCUCUAUAUAUCUGCAUCAGAAGUAUCCAUUGGAAGUUUAUUGGUUCAAGAUAACAAGGAAGGAAAGGAACAAGCAGUCUACUACCUGAGCAGAACUCUAACAGAGGUGGAAAGAAAAUAUUCUGCAAUUGAAAGACUUUGCCUAGCCUUGUACUUCACUGCUGUGAAGCUCAGACAUUACAUGCUGCCAUACACCAUCUAUAUCAUUGCCAAAACAGAUCUGAUCAAAUACAUGCUAACAAGACCAAUGCUAAGAGGCAGAAUUGGAAAAUGGACCUUGGCCUUGACAGAAUUUGCCUUCAGAUAUGUUCCUCAGAAAGCCGUCAAAGGACAAGCUGUGGCAGACUUCCUAGCAGAUCAUCCCGGAGAGGAGAUUGAAAAUAUGGACUCUUUAGACAUAGCAAAUGCAGAUCUAUUAACCAGAGCUCACACCUGCCUCAACAAUCCUAUCUACUCAGUUCAUCUUGCACCUUGGAAGUUAUACUUUGAUGGAUCAAAAACUGAUAUAACUUCCGGGCAGGAAUUGUUUUGGAAGAACCACUUGGAAUCAGACACUGCUACUCUUUCCAAUUGGAUUUCCAAUGCACCAACAACAGGGCAGAAUAUGAGGCCUUAA